AUGAUCAGAUUAUCCUCAAACUCCUCAGAUUAUCCUCAGACUCCUCCUCAAACUCCUCAGUCUAAUCCUCAGACUCCUCCUCAGAUUAUCCUCAAACUCCUCAGACUACUCCUCAAACUCCUCAGACUACUCCUCAAACUCCUCAGAUUAUCCUCAAACUCCUCAGACUACUCCUCAAACUCCUCAAAUUAUCCUCAGACAACUCCUGAAACUACUCCUCAGACAACUCCUCAGAUUAUCCUCAAACUCUUCAGAUUAUCCUCAAACUCCUCAGACUACUCCUCAAACUACUCCUCAAACUCCUCAGAUUAUCAUCAAACUCCUCAAACUACUCCUCAGACUACUCCUCAAACUCCUCAGAUUAUCAUCAAACUCCUCAAACUACUCCUCGGUCUAAUCCUCAAAGUCCUCAGAUUAUCAUCAAACUCCUCAAACUACCCCUCGGUCUAA